AUGACAGUAAUGAAUGGAAACGACGCGGCCGAUAAGGCCAAAGGCAGCGAAAUGGUACCGGAAACAGAUGGACUCGAUGCUGCUAAAAAUAAGUAUCUUAAUCGGUUACUAGUGGAAGAUGCAAUUAAUGAUGAUAAUUCUGUAGUCGCAUUGCAUCCAAACCGUAUCGAAGCACUCGGACUAUUCAGAGGUGACACCGUCAUGCUGAAGGGUAAGAAACGACACACGACGGUUUGCAUUGUACUGGCCGAUAAGGACCUGGAUGAAGGAAAAGCUCGGAUUAACAAAAUUGUACGCAAAAACCUUAGGGUUAUGCUAGGAGAUUUCAUAAGAAUAUCACCAUGCUCAGACGUACCAUAUGGAAAGAAGAUACAGGUACUACCACUGGAUGACACCGUAGAAGGACUGUCGAGGGAUGCACUUUUCGAUGUAUACCUCAAACCCUACUUCCUUGAAACAUACAGACCUGUAAAAAAAGGGGACCUUUUCCUAGUCAGGGGAGCAUUCAAGGCAGUAGAGUUCAAAGUAGUUGAAGUCGAUCCAGGGGAAUACUGCAUUGUGGCACCCGAUACUAUCAUCUACCAUGAGGGCGAUCCUAUUAAGAGGGAUGAUGAAGAAAAACUCGAUGAUGUAGGGUACGACGAUAUAGGUGGAUGCAGAAGACAAAUGGCGCAAAUUAGGGAAAUGAUAGAACUGCCACUCAGACACCCGGGACUCUUCAAAACCCUUGGUGUUAAACCACCGAGGGGGGUGUUGCUAUACGGACCACCAGGAUCCGGAAAAACACUCAUCGCAAGGGCGGUUGCAAAUGAAACCGGCGCUUUCUUCUUCCUUAUCAAUGGACCCGAGGUCAUGAGCAAAAUGGCAGGUGAAGCAGAAUCUAACCUUAGAAGAGCUUUUGCGGAAGCAGAAAAAAAUGCACCAGCUAUCAUAUUCAUUGAUGAGGUCGAUUCGAUCGCACCAAAGAGAGAAAAAACAAACGGAGAAGUUGAAAGGAGGGUGGUGUCACAACUGCUCACACUCAUGGACGGAUUAAAGGGCAGAGGACAGGUCGUAGUUAUUGCAGCAACAAACAGGCAAAACUCUAUCGAUCCAGCUCUUAGACGUUUCGGAAGGUUCGACAAGGAAAUCGAUAUUGGUGUACCUGACGAUGCCGGAAGACUUGAAAUCCUUAAAAUCCAUACCAGAAAUAUGAAACUAGCACCUGAAGUCAAACUAGAAGAACUAGCAGCUAAUUCACAUGGUUUUGUAGGAGCCGAUCUUGCACAGCUGUGUACAGAAGCAGCUCUUGGGUGUAUCAGAGAAAAAAUGGGCGCUAUCGACCUUGAGGAGGACACAAUUGACACCGCAAUCCUAGAUUCCAUGGCUGUUACACAGGAACACUUUAAUGCCGCAAUAGCCACAUGCAACCCAUCAUCGUUACGUGAAACUGUAGUGGAAAUACCGAAUGUCAAGUGGGACGAUAUUGGAGGUUUGGAAUCAGUGAAGAACAGCUUGAGAGAAAUGAUCCUCUAUCCCAUUGAACACCCAGAAAAGUUUGAAAAAUUCGGUAUGUCACCAUCAAGGGGUGUAUUGUUCUACGGACCACCAGGUUGUGGUAAGACACUUCUUGCAAAAGCCGUGGCUUCCGAAUGCAGUGCUAAUUUCAUAUCUAUCAAGGGACCUGAACUAUUGACCAUGUGGUUCGGUGAAUCCGAGGCAAAUGUAAGGGAAGUAUUUGACAAAGCUAGGACAUCAGCACCAUGUGUACUUUUCUUCGAUGAACUUGACUCUAUUGGUGCUGCUAGGAGCGGCGGAGCAGGAGAAGGAACAGUGGCAGGUGAUCGUGUAAUGAACCAACUGCUAACGGAAAUCGAUGGUGUAUCCGCCAAGAAGAACAUAUUCUUCAUAGGAGCAACUAACAGACCCAACUUGCUGGAUGAGGCACUCCUGAGACCAGGAAGACUUGACCAACUGAUUUACAUACCUCUGCCAGAUCUGCCUGCCAGGGUCUCCAUUCUUAACGCUCUGCUACGCAAGUCGCCUGUUGCUGACAACGUGCCCAUCUCGUACCUUGCACAGAAAACUGCAGGCUUCUCCGGAGCGGAUCUAGCUGAAAUGUGCCAAAUCGCGGCAAGGUCUGCUAUCAGGGACGCAAUUGCCUAUGAAGAAAAACACGGAAAAAUUACAGACGAAAAUGCAGAAGGGUUCAAAUACGAAAUACAAAGGAAACACUUCCAAGAAGGCCUGGCUAACGCAAGACAUUCGGUUACUUCUACAGAUCUCGCCAAAUUCGACAACUUCAGGAACAAGUUCGACCCGUUAUACAAGACAAGAGGUGCAGCCGGAGAUGAAAUUGACAUCGACUGGCCUGAUGAGGACGAGCCUAACGCCAACAUGGACGUUGUCGAUGAUGACGACGAUUUGUACGCUUAA